AUGAGAAUCACGAAAAGAUUUACCUUAGACUCGAUGACUUUUCUUCCAAUUCUUAGUAAAGUAUUAUACUCGAAAGCAGUUGCUAAGCAACCUUCUUAUGCAAUUAUGCCUAAGGCAAAACAAGCUACCUCAGUCACGAAAACUGCUAUGAUUCAAAAUAUAAACCCUGUAUCGUCUAACAUCAAUAUUACUAAAGUAGUUAACGUUCGAGAUGGUGGUAUAAUGGUUAGAUGCGAAAACUCUGAUAAAUGUACCAAAUUUAAAAAGUUAGCAGAUGAGAAGCUGGUCAAUGACUACCUACACAAUCAAAGAAGUUCCUGUACUGAAUCCUCGCUUCAAGAUCAUGUAGGCUAUUAUACGGGAUCAAACACCAAAAUUGAUGAUGAUUUAAAGUACAAAUUGUUAAAAUCUCCUUGGAUGCCACAAAAGACAUUCAAGUUUCCAGUGUACAAUAAAUCUCAACCAAAUUUAAUAGGUCAGAUUGAUAGCGGAUACCUAGCGCAAAUAGCUGAAAAUCGGAAACGGCUCAUUCCGAUUAUUGAAACAAUUAAAUUAUGUGAACGUCAAGAAGGUACGUGCGACUCGGGUCCAAUAAAAAUUAAUGAUGCCGAGCCAGAAACAAAUGAUGGAAACCUUCGUGCUUACGGAUGA